CUAGUGCGUAAGUGGGAUGCGACGACCAGUGAACUGUAUACUGUUGCGUUUUACAGAUAGUUUGACUGGUGGGUAGAGGACGCAUGGGAUGCCGAUCUGGCUAUUUAGAGAUAACGCUGAGCAAGAGAAAGAUCUCUCGGCUUCGGUGGCAUGAGGCUCACGACACGGAGGUCUCCAAAAGAGUAAGGAAAUGAAUGCUACAAAACUCACAACAAAAAUGGAUACAGUGGGAAAAGCUGAUCUGGUCAAUCAGAUGACGAUACUGCAAGUUGCAGCCAGGGACGAGACAGAGGUUAUAAACGAUGAAGUUGAGGAUUUGAGGAACAGUCUCAGAGAGAUAGUCCAAGACGAGGCAGUGAAGCCCAAAUUGCAAUGUCUGAUGAUGGACCCGGAUUUCUCCAUGGUAACGGUGCAGAGUGAGGACAGUGGGAUUGUCUGGGAGACUGUUUCUAGUCGCUGCUCCACCCCCUGGGCUUCAGAAUUCAGUUCCAUCGCUCCGGAACCCUGCCUCAGCGUAGUCCCAAAACAUUCUGGAAUGCCAGCUUCCGGAUCAGCAGGAAGGAUCAUCUUUGAAAUGGACAAGGAUUCUGGGAUGAUGAGGAAGAAGAGGAAGCGGAAUAAAGCAGGGGAGAAAGUGACGAAGCACGCAACUGACGAAGUACCGGCAGAACCUGACAGACGGGCCAUGGUGGAAGUCUCCCUGCCCAACAUGAAAAUGGAGCAAAACACGGUGGACGAAAAGACUGACCUAACAGAGGAGGUGAACCAGCGCCUGUUCCGUCUAGUAUCCGAGGGAUCCGAGAUUCUGAAUAUCAUUGUGUCGCCCAAGAUGUCCACAGUGGAUGAGGAAGAGAGCAACGAGCUGAUGGACAACUUGUCUUACCUUGAAAACACACCAGUUAUAAAACCUGACGAGACUGCGGAGGACCAUGAGACAUCUGCGGAGAACCCAACCGGAAACCUAGAAGGCGUCCGAGCCAUCGUCCUGUCAGAGCCAGAGCCGUUAUCUUUGUUACCGCCGACUAAACCACCACGAAGGGGGACCACUAGUGAAGACUACUUUGAGAAGUUCACACUGUUGGACCAUCAGGCAUCAACAGGGGUGCAUACAGAGGAAGUUCCUAGUGAGCCCGAGAGCAAAUCAGGGGAGAGUUCAGGCAAAGUGACUCAUGCAAAUCCAGCACCAGUGGUUUUGGAUGACUCUGCGACUAUCGGUGGGCUGGAGAUCCCCGUCGAACUUGUGGACGAGGUAUUUUAUGGUGGAGGAAGCGAUCCGAAGAGUCAAAGCUUCUCCACAGACAGCGCAAAUGUAGAAGCAGACUUGCUAAAAUCACCCUUAAAGGAAAGUGGAUCUGCCUUGUUCGGCAGCCAGGAGUCAAUCCUCACACCCGUGUUCCUCCCUGAAGGACCUCGGAAAAUCAUAGACCCUGUCCUGCUGGAGGAGCCGAAAGCCAUGGCGUUCAUGUACACGGAUCUGUACGCUGAUGCUGUAGGCAGCAGGAUGAAGCAAGAUGACAUGGCGAGUGUGACAUCAGAGAAGUCCUUCCACAGUCAGGAGUCGGACUCAGAGGCCAGGGGAUACCUGGAGAAGUUUGUGCUUAAAGACGAAACUGUGGUGACUCCGGUGGAGCCUCUUUCUGACAACCCCAAGGAGGAACGAGUGAAGCUGUGGUCACAGGAUGCCUUUGGCAUAACACGGCAUCAGAGAAACGAGGCCAGGGCCCCAGAAGAUGAAGAUGAAAUUACGGAUUUCUUCAGGAACAGCGCUAGCUCUUCCCCAUGUGAACCUCUGCAGAUAAUCCAGGUGGAAGGAGAAAAAACGAGGGAGUCGUUGAAGACCCAGUGCGUGGCUUUUCAGGAUGAGGCGGCAAAGGAAAACAAAAUGGCAACAGAAGCAGGAAGUGACAUUUCACAGUCACCAGAGGAGGACAUAGAAAUUGCAGAGGCAUUUUCACCACUUGACAUUAGCGUGGCGCCUCCAGCAGCGGGAACAUGGUGGGAAACCGGAGACAGGAAAUCCACUGCGGAAAAUGCCGAGCUGAGCCAGAUGGGAAGGCCUGCCAGAGUCGGAGCACACAGAGUGGUCCCAUUCUCCAUCCAAGCUCCUCAAGCACCCAAACCUAACACCCCGUGUCACAAAUCCUUCCUAGACCUGACUCCUCUGCUUCUAGCAGUAACACCCAACGAGGGAGAGAGGUGCGAGAUAAAAGCGAGAGAAGGAGAAAGUGGCCAGGCCAGAAACACCGUUUGCUUGCCCUCCAUGGAAGGAGAAGAGACCACGGGCGAAGCCCUGGACUUCGAGCUAAUCACCGAGCAGGAGGCAAGUGAAUACAGCUUGGCUCAGAGGUGUUCGCCCAUAGGUGAGGGCACCGACAUUGGUGGCUUUACCAUGGUAGAUCACCCUGGUCAGCUGGACGACCUCUACCAUGCUGAUGAGGCAGAUUAUGAGAUCGUUGAAGCGCUGCUGUCAUAAAAAGGUCUUAAAAAAUAAAAGGGUCACACGUUAGGUUUGGACCACUAAACUUGCAAUCUGUAACUGUUCACGUGUGAGUCCUUUCUGUAUCUAGCCUGUAAAAUUCAAAUAAUCUUUCACUCUGUACAGAUUUUGCUUUUAAACAUCAUAUGAUUGAUGACGCAACAUGAAGGUAGUUGUGCAGGUCCUGACACUGUCACUUCUUGAGUGUUCUGCUUAACACUAUAACAUGCUAGCUGCUCAACGCUCAUUAUUUCUAAGAAGUUUUUAUGAAAAGCCAGUUAUCCACAUCCAGCUUGUCUGCACUGAAACAUAAUUUCUGCCGGGCUCAUAUGGAAACAAGGGCUAAACAAAGUUUAUUCCAGGACCGUAAUUAGGCUCCAGUAAGUUGUAAGUGUAUUAAGUACGAUAAAGCAUCAGCUUUCUGAUGCUUUGUAAAAAUGCCCUUGGUGUAAAACAGACACGGAGUCGCGGGUUGGUUGUCUAAUGAUGAAGAAUAGUUUAAUUGUAUGCAUGAAUCUUCCAUGUCUCUGGGCGUGUGUUAUGAUUUGGAUAUUUGUAAAUCGUACUAAUAAUGUUAAAAAUGUUUACCCUUAGGUAAAUCAGAUACAUAUAUUGUCAGUUUUCUGUAAAUGUUUAUCAAUUCUGAAGCUCUCAUGUAUGUAAAUGUAAAUACACGCUCAGUUAAGAAGAGAAUAUCGACAUCCAUAUUAGAUAAUGUGCAUUAAAAACCUUAUAAAAAGAU